AUGGAAGGCAGCGCGCCGCUCGGCACACCCCUCGCCCCGCCACCCGUACCGCAGAAGGACGGUGCGCUGAAGCCCCAAGGCCACGACCGCCCCCGCCCGCACUCGGACUCUGCGGCGGUUCCGUCCACCUCGAGCAAUAACCUGCAAGCGGGGCCGACGACGCCGCAGCGUCGUCCCCAGCUGCAGCAAGCGCCCAACUCCGCCCCCGCCAAACCCGGCUCGUCCGCGCCGAACGCGCGCCCUUCCCUCUCCGCCUUGCAGACCCCAAGCAAGCGGCCGCGCGCGGCGUCGAGUCCUCCUUCUCCCUCCGUAUCAUCCUCGUCGGGGGGUAAUGGGAAUGGGAGGGGCGGGCCAAGGGUGCAAUGCAGCGGAAUCACCAAGGCGGACAAGCGGUGCACGAGGAUGGUACCCGUGUCGGUCCCGCUUGCACGCCUGAACGGGGAGGACCUUCCGCACUACUGUCACCAGCACCUCAAGGCUGCGUUCAGCGACAAGAAGUUCUAUUCGCACAAGGACCCGAGCGUCGAGGUCUACUAUGACGCGUGGAUCCCGGAAUACCUGCAAGAAGAUACCCAGGACCUGCUGAGGGAGGAGAUGAGGCUGAAGCAUUCACCAGCCGACGUUGAGGGCUACAUCUACGCGUUCGAGAUCGACGACCCAGCAAACCCAGACGUAAUCCACAUCAAGGUCGGCCGCGCCGUCAAGCUCACCAAGCGCCUCGCAGAAUGGGACAAGCAGUGCCAAUCCAAGCAAACCCACCUGCGCGGCUUCUGGCCGUCGACGCCCGAAGCAGAAGCAGGCAACCUCGCGCGUGGCCGCGUCAAAGUCGGGGAGCCCGGCCCCUACUGCCACCGCGUCGAGAAGCUCGUCCACCUUGAGCUCGCGGACCUGGCCGUGAACGCGCCAUACCUGGACCCCGACUUCCCGAACAUGAAAGGCGGCAGUGGUACGGGAAACGGCCGAGCCGCGACGCGGGCCCCGUGUCCCGAUUGCGGGGCCGUCCACAAGGAGAUCUUCUCCUUCCCGCGUGCGCAGAAGGGCCGCUACAAGGGGAAGGAGUGGGAGGAGAUCGUCAAGCCCGUCAUCGAGAAGUGGGGCGGGUUCGUCGAAGCGUACGUAUGA